AUGUUGCAUGGAAAAUCCUUCGAGACUCUGAGCCGCGUGCCGCCUCCGCGAAAGCCAGAAGUAGCAGGGCUGGACGUGGAGGCGCUCAGUGGCCAAUGUUCGACCUCCUGGCCCCGGAAGGAAGAGAGGCGUGCGGAGCCGGUGCCGUCACCUCUGUGGCCGGAGGCAUGGCAUCUCGUCCCCGAGGAUAUGAUGUCAGCCAGCGACCUGUCGGAGACGAUCUCCGUGAUCACGCGGAAGUCAUUCUACUCGGACGUAAUGCCAGAUGCAUCCAUGGCUGAGUUUGUGGAUAUCCUUCCUCCGAACAAGAUUCUGCACGACAUGCAAGAUGUUCGCAUACAGGCAUUCCUCAAGGAAGUCACCGACUCACCGAAGGCACUUCAGUCCGAGGUGCUGCGUCGGCGCAAGGGCGCCCCGGUGGUAUCUGAGCAGCCGCUGCUCCCGUCCAUUUGGAAGAUGCUGAAUCGCAAGUGA